AUGCCCACGCCUCCCGUUACGCCCGUCAAAGGCGCAACGACCGAAACCCCAGUCUCCUCACACGAUCAAAGUAACACGAUGCUCUUCGACUUUUCUCGCAUCGACUACGAGCUCGACCGUGCCCGACUAAUAGGAUCCGGAUUAUGGAGCUCGGUGUAUCUCGCGGAAUCCCUUCCAAUCUCCCCUCCACCGUCUUCCCGCGAUUCCCUUACUCCUCCAAGCACUCCGAACCGACAUCAUGCCACCUCAGUCAGCAGUGUGGUAGCUGUGAAAUGUCCAGCCCGUCCAGACGCAAAAUCGGUAUUCGAACAUGAAGCUCGGAUCCUGAAUCACCUCCACUCUGCGCCCAGAGUAAACGAGCACAUCGUCGCGUUCCAUGGACUCGACCCGCGGAACUCGAACCUCGUGUUUGAAGGCGUGAUAGGAGGCUCUCUUGAAGAUCUCUCCGGUCGUCUCAACGUCGUGACAGAGCUAUCCCGACAUCUUGAGGUCAGACAACUCUUCCCGGGACUAGCUAGAGAUCUGAUCGCGGGUCUGCACUUCCUCCACAGCAUGCGAGUCGUGCACGCCGACAUCAAACCCGCCAACAUCCUACUCGACAUCGUUGAUACCGGUCGCCAGGAUCCCGUCCUGAGAGCACGUUACAUUGAUUUCUCCGCUUCCUUCCUCCUCGACGAGGACAACAGCAAGCUCAACGCCGGAGCAACGUGGGACUUCAUGGCGCCCGAGCAACUUCGCAUCCAGAAAGAACUCAACCAACCUACCUUUGCAAGCGACGUCUGGGGUCUGGGCAUUACACUUCUCUACAUCAUCGUCGGUGGCUCGCCGUACAAAGCUGCGUGUGGCACCAACCUUUUCAUGCUUAGGGAGGCGAUCAAGUCGGGUGAUCCAUUAGGAUUUGCACGCAUGGACCCCGCGGUAGAUAAGCGGUUGAAGGCGUGUCAAGAUUUUGUAGACUGCUGUCGGCUGGCGCUACAAAAGGAUCGGGAGCGGAGGUGUACGGCUGAAGGGUGGGCGGAAUGGCUUGAGCAGCAGGAGUUUGAGACAAGCGAUGGCGCGAGUAGUCCAUAG